GUUAACUCCCCUCAUUCUUUCUCUGUCGGUCGCCAUGAGUCAGGAGUAUUUCCCCGGCCAGGGCGCCUCCUCUGCCGGCGAGGGUUCAUCCUCACCUUCGUCCUCCUCGCCCACUCACGCCCAUCCUCCGCCGCCGACGGAGGAGGAACGCCUUCCCAGCACUAGUACUUCUACUAUGUUUCCGAGACCCCCGCCUGCAUACAUGACCGUCGGCAAUGGCUCAACCUCCGAGAGCGCGACCGCCUUGAUGGCUUCCCUGCAUGAAGAUUCCGGCUACGGAGGCAGUAUUCCCAGUGGAAGUGUGAUGGAAGGUGAUGCUGGUGGCGACUGGAGGGCCGAUUUGAUGGUCGAUCGCCCGACCCCCAUGCAUACCCCUACGCAUCUGGGAGAGUGGAAUCCUGCCGUGGAGCAUGAGAGACAUGUUGUUGCGAGCCAUGUUCAUCAAUUAUUAUACAACUCGAACCGCACUAAGCUCGCGCGUGCUAUCUCGCGCACCAUCGAAACCCUCAAAGAACUCCAGAACAUGAACCGCCAAUGGCCCGCGCAUUAUCCCUCCUCCCAGAGCGCUCCUGAUUCCCCUGCGCCAAAGCCCGCCUUGCAGAAGAGACAAUCGUUUUUCGGAGAUGCAAGCACCGAAUCGGAAGAUUUCCCCCGUCCCGGAAUGGUCAGACGCGCUGCCACGAUGACCGGUGGCGAGGAUUUGGCUGAAUCUAGCGCUGCGGCGGAACGUCGUGUCCCGUCGGAACCGAGGCUGAUGAGCCCCCAGAUUGCGCAGGAGUUUUCGAUUCUCAAGCUGGAUUUGAAGCUGGGUGCGCUGUCCCAGGCAGAGCUGGUGCACUCGCUGGAGAAAGCGUCGAUUGCGUCGCUGUUGGAUGGCAAGAUCAGCCAGAGUAUCAAGCAUCUGUUGUCGCUGCGGGAUCGGAUUGAGGAUACGUCGAGCAAGGUUUUGAUUACGGGUGAUCUGAACGCUGGAAAGUCGACGUUCUGUAAUGCGCUGUUGCGGCGCAAGGUUCUCCCCGAGGAUCAGCAGCCAUGCACGAGCAUCUUCUGUGAGGUUCUGGAUGCGCGCGAGAACAGCGGUGUAGAAGAGGUUCAUGCCGUGCACAAGGAUGUGCUUUACAAUCGCAACGAUGAGAGUACCUAUGAUGUGUAUGCGCUUCAGGAGCUGGAGAACAUUGUCAUCGACAACUCCAAGUACAUGCAGUGCAAGGUCUACGUGAAGGAUGUGCGGACGAUUGACGAAUCUCUUCUCAACAACGGAGUGGUGGAUAUUGCUCUGAUCGAUGCGCCUGGUCUGAACUCGGACUCGCUCAAGACGACGGCGGUCUUUGCUCGGCAGGAGGAGAUCGAUGUGGUCGUUUUUGUGGUUUCUGCUGCAAACCAUUUCACUCUCUCUGCAAAGGAAUUCAUUCUUAAUGCUGCCCAUGAGAAAGCUUACAUGUUCAUUGUUGUCAACGGCUUCGACCAGAUUCGCGAUAAGCAGCGCUGUGAGCGGAUGAUCUUGGACCAGAUUGGCAAGCUCAGUCCCCGCACGUACAAGGAAGCGGCUGAACUGGUCCACUUCGUCUCGAGUAAUGCUAUCCCAGUAGCACCUCCGCUUUCGGUGGAGAGCUCUGGUUCUGGUGGCGGUGAUGGCGAUGACUCUGAUGAUGAUGACGAUAAGCCUUCCGGCAAGAAGGAUAAAGGAAAGGGCAAGGAGAGGGAGAAGAUUCAAGAUUUUGAGAACCUGGAGGGCUCCUUGCGCCGCUUCGUUCUCGAAAAGCGGUCUCGCUCGAAGCUUGCCCCUGCCAGGACCUACCUCCUGAACCUGCUUGCUGACCUCAACUCGUUGGCCUCGGUGAACCGUGAUGUUGCUGAAUCCGAGCUUCAGCGCGUCACGGACGAGCUGGCGGAGCUUGAGCCGGCGUACGAAGAUGGUAAGAAGAAGAAGGUUGAAAUUGGUGACCAAGUCGAGAAGCUUGUCGACGAGUCUUGCGACGAUGUCUACAAUCACACCCGGUCUACUCUGGGUGAAACCAUCGCCCGUGUUUCGGAGGCUGAUCUGGGCGUCGAAUACCCGGGUUUCCUCUCCGCAUUCCAAUAUGCGGAAGACCUGAAGGUGGCCAUGUUGGAGCAGAUCGCUUCGGCUGUAACUGGCUGCGAGGACUACGCUCGUGAAAAGACGGUAAAGGGCGUCGGGUUCAUUCAGAACAUCGGUCUUCUCCAUGUUGGUGAGGACAAGUUUGCGCCCUUGAACUUCCGUGCAGACAUGAUGUUCCGUCGCGGUCGUCGUCACACUCUCGCUAGACAAGUGCACACGGAAGUGGAACUAUGGGACUUCUUCGACGUCUCGGGCAUUUGGGAGCGUCAAGAGAAGGUGGCCGGCACAGGAAUGGCCAUGACCGCCUUGACGGUUCUUACAGGCCGUGCCUUUGGCGGAAUCAGCUGGAUCGACAGCGUGUUCAGCGCAGUCAAAUUCCUCGGACCGAACAAUAUGCGCCGCCUGUUCAUUCCUGGUGUCAUGGCAAUCGCCGCCUUGACAGCUGCUUACAUGGUUUCCUCGAUCCCCACGACUCUUCCCCCUCGUCUCUCACGCAAGCUCGCCGCCACCCUCUCGGAGAUGGACUACGUCCACUCCAACGCGACGCGCAUCUCCUCCGAAGUCCGCCGCAUUCUGCGCCUCCCCGCCGGAAACCUGCAAACAAGCCUGGCGCAAGACAUCGAAGAUCUCGGCCGCCGCAAGCACGAAGUCAGCAAGACCAAGCAGGAAAGCGACGCCGCCUGCAAGUACUUUACGAACUUGUUCCGCGAGAGCGGCGAGAACCGCACCUCAGUCGAAAACAUCGAUCUCGAUGCUCCCUUACCUGGUGGCCUGGCAGCCCAUGCUUAGAUACCAACUCUUGACUUUUAUUUUCUUUCUCUUAUCCAUCCCCCAUCAUCUUUGACAACUGUACAAAACAUAACAUAAUGAUGCUGUACGAACUUGCUACUGCUAUUCCCUCUCGGUUCAAGAGAAGUGUUAGCCGUGGCUGACACUUUUUUCUUACCUCCCUUUUCCUCGUCUACUUUGCCACUCAAAAUAUCCCCCUCGUGCAUGUACAUUCACCUCCCCUUCACCCUUCCUUUUCUCCUUAUUUUUAUCUGCAUCAUUACCCCAUCCCUUGCAGGAUAGGGCUGGUUGAUGAUUGUUAUCGUCAGCUUACGGAUGAUGAUUACUCCAAGUAGUUUCAGUCUCUGGCGUAUCACCAUCGUUGAUUGGCGUCUUAGAGCUUAAUUGCAUACUUACCUAGUACUACCUACCAUAGUUUCUGCUUAUGGUUCUUAGUGUUCGUGGUUUUUUUUUUUUUUUGCAAGAAGGUAUUAACUAGAUUGAGG